GAGACUUGCCUGGAGAUGGCAACGUGCGUGGAAACGCCAGGUCGUCCUCGUCCCGUCAACAACUCAUCCGCGCACGCGCAGCCGCGGAGAGGCGGGUGGCGCAUGCGCACGCGGUCGGUUUGGUUUCAACGGUCGGCGUUUGAACCGUUGGGCUGUUCCCGCGGGUUGGCCCGCGCCGGGAGCGGGUCUCACCUGGGACAGAAGAGCUGCCGACAGAGCAAGGGCAGCCCGCGGGAGCCGGCUGGCGACCGACCGACCGAGUCUUCGACUCUCCGACUCUUGGUAAUGGCUGGACUUGACUUCACUGAUCAAGAUAUUCAAGAACAGUUGAGUGUGUUGGGCUAUCACAAUGUCCCACAACAUCAACUCCGAGAGUUCAGAAAAGAUCUGGAAGAACUGAUCAAGCAUGAGUAUUCAAAGACUCGAGGCUCCAGUAAAGCCAGUUCAGAAUCAUGUGUUUCACAGAUGAGAAAUAGUUCCAUGGAACAGCCCAUUUUAGCAACCCAAUCUACAACUCAACGAGAGUUCAACUCUGAAAAAGAGAAUCAGUUUUCAUAUAAGAGGGAGAUUUUCCAUGGUUGUCCAACAGAAUUUCAUCAGUGUGAUACAUACAGCAGAUAUACAGUAGCCCCAAAUCUGUGCAGAGAUACAUCAGCACCAUCUCAGUUAAUUCUUCAGAAAAGCCCAGUUCAAGAGAGUAAUAGCAGUCAGAUGCAAUCUGAGAACAGCAGGAUGAGCAGCCCUGAAACAGUCCCUGAAAGCAACAGAAAACCUAUUAUUAAGAGAAAAGUAUUACGGAAGAAGAAUGGACAGUCACAUGUUUAUGAUGAGUCGACGGUCACUGAAACUGAUUCUGAUGCAGGCAGUGAAUUGGGACAGAUCAGCAGAUUUCAGGCCCUCAGCAAUAAAGCAGAGUCUGACACGGAAAGUGAAGAAUUCAGCAGCAUACCUGAAAGGCGACCAAAUUCUGCCCAGACUUUCUUCACAAAAAAUCCGUGGAACCAAAAACUUUUAGGAGGUGAUGGCUAUGGUUGUCUCUCAAAUGUGCCAAAGUCAUUUAUUAGACCAGUAAUGGAUCAUCCUCACACAAGAAACUUAAAGAAAACUGAUCCUGUGGCAAAGUAUUUUGAAUACAAGCGAAAUUGGGAAACUUUCAAAACGCCUGGAGAAAAAGAUAGGAAAGAAUUACGAUGGGGGAUAAGGGAACAAAUGCUCUAUAAAAGUCAACUACCUCUGAAACCUCAACACAUUUACAUUCCAAAUAACUACAUUGUACCGACGGACAAGAAAAGAUCUGCAUUACGAUGGCAAAUUAGACAUGAGUUAGCAAAUGGAGCUGUUCCACGGAAGUUUUUCUGUUCUUGGUAGUUAUACAAACAUA